AUGGUUGUUCUGAAAAUUCCCGGGUUUGUCGUUGGAAGAAUGAUCGUCAACAAAUGGAUGGUAGUGGCUUUUAUUGUCGCAUUCGUUAUUCUUGAAAUGCAAAUUCUUCAAAUGAGUAUUCCAGGGCAUCAUCGCUACUAUGAGUACUCAGGGAGUUUGCAGUCUAGUGAUAUUUUGAGAGAGAGGCGUCAAUUUGAAAACAAUUAUGAGUUUGGUGUGUCCACCAGAGGGCAGACCGGAUCACAAACUGAAGAUGAUCGCAUCAUUAUAUUCUACAACAGAGUUCCAAAGACUGGCAGCACAUCUUUCAUGGGUGUCCUUUAUGGUCUUUGCCGUCCAAACAAAUUCCAUACUCUGCACCUAAAUGUUAGUCGAAACUCUCACGUGAUGUCCCUUUCUGAUCAGAUGCGAUUUGCUCGCAACAUUACAACAUGGAAACAGAGGAUGCCAGCUGUUUAUCAUGGUCAUCUUGCGUAUAUGGACUUUCAAAGACUUGGUGUCUACCAAAGUCCUCUGUUUAUAAACAUGAUAAGGAAGCCUUUGGACAGACUAGUCUCCUACUACUAUUUCUUAAGGUUUGGGGAUGACUUUAGGCCAUACCUUCGAAGAACAAGACAAGGAGAUAAAGAGACAUUUGAUGAAUGUGUCCAGAAUGGAAAUCCAGAUUGUAGGGCUGAGAAGCUGUGGUUGCAAAUUCCAUACUUUUGUGGUCAUGCACCACAGUGCUGGUCACCAGGAAAUAAAUGGGCUUUGGAGCAGGCGAAAAGAAAUUUAGUAGAAAAAUACUUACUAGUAGGAAUCACUGAAGAAAUGGGAGACUUUGUAGCAAUUUUGGAAGCAAUACUGCCAAGAAUAUUUAAAGGAGCAACAAAAGUGUUCAAUGAAGGUGGUAAAUCCCAUCUCAGGAAGACAGCAUCUAAGAAACCAUUGGAAAAAUCAACAAUUGAAUACUUUGAACAAUCAAAAAUAUGGAAAAUGGAAAAUGAUUUUUACGAAUUUGCUAAUAAGGUUUUUCAAGAUGCUAAGAAGAGGGCGCUGAUAAUGAGGGACGGUGUUCUAGAACCUGUGAAAAAACAGUUCUUUUACGAGAAAAUAAGGCCGAAAGAAGCCAGCUAAGUAAUUGAAUUACUCAGAUUUUUAAUAUAUACUCUUAACUGAAUGUUAAUCUUUAGUAAGCCAGGAGUUGACAUGGACUUCCGUUAGGGUGAAAACUCCAUGGUAGCCGCCUUUGACACUACUGACUUAAUACGAAGACUCUAAAUAACCACGAAAUGAAGGCAGUUAGAAUGUCGCUUUGACUCUGCAAUUCGCACAAUACUGACGUGAAAUCUUCAAACUUAGGCAGACUUUUUCGGGGUGCAAUGCUUCGGAGCAGCAUUCAAGUCCAGAGAGAGGAAGAAAAAAAUUGGGAUCGACAUGAGUAUCUCAACUACUGCGCACCUACUCCUCCUCCCCAAAGCCAACAAUAGUCAAGGGCUAGAGGGAGGGGUAGGUGUGCAGUUGUUCAGUUAAUGAGAUUGUCGUUGAGAGUGAACUCACUUUUCAAAAUGUAGCAUUGAAAAAAGUUCCUUCCGUAGUCGUGCAGUUGCGAUGGAAAAAUUAAGGGUUAAAAAUUAAAUAUUAUCAUAGCGCUUUCACGAUUCGGCCGCCUUUGCAUUGAGGAUUCGUCUAAUUUUCUCGAGGUAAAUACCGCCAUGAAAGAAAAAAGCGUUACCAAAUUCCUACAAGGGUCUAGUCAGAGUUCAGCUGUAUGACUGCCCAUUAAAUCUGAAUAAGGUAUAAGAAGAAAAUUAAAUCGUUGUUGCUAAAGCAACUCCUAACACUCCACCAAUAGAGCGAGUGUCGAAAAACUUACGCACUAGUAAUCACAUGCGACCAGUCAGAGCAAAGGUACACAACAGGAAGAGCCAAUCAGAGCUUAGAGUAGACAUAUGUUGAAGUCUUCUCCUGUCAUUGGUUGAGAAGCAGGUGGGAGUUUUCUUGACCAAUCAGAGAGUGUUGUUAAACUAAACUAAUGCACUGUCGACUACUUCAAGUGUUAAUUGAUGAUUGCGGCUAUGUGUGGGUUAAAGGAACUUUCAGAUGUAUAUGGAAAGUAAUCAGCCAUGACAAUGAAGCGUUCUCUUUGCUUCAUUCAGAUCUGUGAUUGUUCUAGAAAACUCGCGCCAUCCACGGAGCCAAUCAGACGCAAAUCGGGAACCAAUCGUGAUUUGGUCAUCAGCGUUUUCUUGCGCGUUUGGUAAAGUUUGCUUUUGUUUAACUUUGAGUUCUGAUUGGCUAAUGAUGAUUUUUAUCUCUGUUGUGAUUGGGUUUUUGGAUCACAUUGGCUAUGGUUUAUCGACGACAAUCAAUUGAAAACUCUUCUGCCUGGUGGAAUAUUUCAUGGAUAAAUAGAAAAAAUAUGGGUUUAUUUAUUUAAUCUUGAAUGAAGUCUGUUAAUGAAUUAAUUCUUACAAGCAAGUAAUUUUUCUGUGAAUGAUUAUAUCAAUUUUUUCCAAUUUAUACUUGUUUUUAGUAUUUAUACGUAAUGUAAAAUAGCUGUACUUGUUUCUCAUCAUGGUGCUAACGACAGUUCAUCAUGUUUUUAAUUACCGCGGAAAUAAACCUGUCUCAGUG